AUGGAUGUGAUAUCCUCCUUCACCAAAAUGGGCCUCAAGGAUGACGUGCUCCGAGGCGUGUACGCGUACGGCUUUGAAAGGCCGUCGCCGGUGCAGCAGCGAGCGAUCCGCCCAGUCCUACAAGGCCGUGAUGUGAUUGUCCAAUCCCAAAGCGGCACAGGGAAGACUUCUGUGUUUUGCCUCGGUGCCCUGCAAGCCCUGGACAUCUCAAGCGCGGAGCCGCAGGCCGCGCUCCUGUCACCCACACGUGAACUUGCCGAGCAGAGUGCCAAGGUGUGCUUGGCGCUGGGCGACUACUUGGGUGUAAAGAUCCACCGAUGCAUGGGUGGCAAGAGCAUGAAGGACAGCAUCAAAGCUCUGAAAUCUGGGGUCCACGUGAUCUCUGGAACUCCUGGACGUGUGUUGAGCAUGAUCAAGCAACGGCACCUGGAAGUAAAAAAGGUGAAGAUGCUGGUCCUGGAUGAAGCUGACGAGAUGCUUAGCAAAGGAUUCAAAGAGCAAGUCUAUGGCAUUAGGCGGAGCUUGCCCGAUCGGCUUCAGAUUGUGCUCGUAUCGGCCACGCUGCCUGAGGAGGUGCUGGAGAUGGCGAAGGACUUCAUGAAGCAGCCGUUCCGGUUGCUGGUGAAGCGAGAGGACCUCUCAUUGCAGGGCAUUCGACAGUACUAUGUGUCUGUGGAGAAGGAAGAGUGGAAGUUCGACACUCUGUGCGAUAUCUUUGAUUCCGUGGCAAUCACCCAAGCCGUCAUCUUCUGCAACAACCGGAAGAAGGUCGAUUGGCUGGCGCAGAAGAUGCGCGAGGCGAACUUUCCCAUUGCCUCGAUCCACGGGGACAUGCCUCAAAAGGAGCGCGACGCAGUGAUGGAGGCUUUCCGAGAUGGCCGGACGAGGCAGCUAAUCGCAACUGAUUUGUUGGGACGCGGAUUGGAUGUGCAGCAGGUGACGCUGGUCAUCAACUACGAUGUUCCAGUAAGUCGAGAGUUCUAUCUCCAUCGCAUUGGCCGCUCUGGCCGGUUUGGACGCCGGGGCGUCGCCGUAAAUCUCGUCAGGACCGAAGACCAGGGGCUGAUCAGGGACCUAGAGAAGCUUUAUUCAAUCGAUAUCCAGGAGCUACCUGCAAAUUUUGCUAAAGUCCUGAAGGGAUGA